UGCCACACGCCGGGUUCCCGGCACCCAUCCAAGUGGGUGUUUGCCCCUCUCCUCUUCCUCCUGUCUGAGCUCGGCUGCAGCGCCCAACUCACCUGCCAGCAGUGCCCGCCGGGGACCUUCGUGGCACAGCACUGCACCAGGGACAGACAGACGGUGUGCGCGCCCUGCCCGGAUUUGCACUACACGCAGUACUGGAACUACCUGGAGAAGUGCCGGUACUGUAACGUCAUCUGCGAGGAGAAGCAGGUGGAGGUGCAGCAGUGCAAUUCCACCCACAACCGCGUCUGUCAGUGCCAGGAGGGCUACUACUCGGAGAUGGAGUUCUGCAUCAGGCACUCGGAGUGCCCGCCGGGCUCCGGUGUAGAGAAGCUGGGUAGGUACCCUAGCCAGGCGGCUGCAGCAGCGGUGGGCAUGCUC